AUGGCACAAUUGGAAUCUAAUGGACUGUUUGCGAUGGUGGAACUCAACUACCAAGGGGUAUUUAAUCGAAAUCCUUUCUCUUACAGUGGUGGUGUUAAAACCAUCUUCAAUGAUGUUGACUUUUCUUCUAUGACUUAUUCUGAGUUUGUGACCUUCUGCGAAUGUUUCAUGCAUGAAGAGUGUAAAAAGUUUUACUACUGUGAACCAGACAUGUCCUUCAUGGAAGGGCUUAAUCCCAUUUCAGAUGAUGUGGAGAAUUCUGCUUUUAUUUUUGAUGCUUAUGGAACAGAUGGUGUAAUUUCGGUUUAUGUGGAUCAUAUUGGGGUUGGUGUUGAUGGGUGGCAUGAUGAUGAAGAUAAUGAUGAUGAUGAACAUGAGUCUUGUAUUGAUGGUGAAAAUGAAGAGAACAUAGAUGAACUUAGAAAUGUUGCCCUUGAAUUUAAUGAGGAUGUAGUGCAUAUGAAUAGGACAUCAAAUGAUCCUUUCUUGAGUGUUUGUAAGGGAGAAUUGCUUUGUGCUAUUGGGAGGGAUGCAAAUGACAAGAUAUAUCCUAUUGCUUGGGUAGUGGUUAAUGUGGAGAACAAGCAGAAUUGGAAGUGGUUUAUAGAGCUUCUCAUUGAUGACUUACACUUGAAUUUAGGCAAUGGUUUCAGUUUAAUGUCAGAACAACAUAAGGGUAGUACAAGUGAACCACAACAACAUGAAGAGGUUGAAAUGACUCCAAAUGAGAUGGAUACUACUCAAAAUGAUAUGCAAGUUGCUCCUACUGAUGUUGAAUCUAGUAGUGCAGGGGAUUUUAGUCAUUAUAUGCAAUUUACUCCACCUAGAUGUUAUGAAGGUGAUGAGGGUGUUAUGGGUGAGGAAGCUGAUGUGGUUGAGGAAGCUGUUGUGGAGGUUGAUGAGGUUAAUCCUAAUACCCAAGUGGAUAAUGGUAAUGUUCAGGAGGUUGCUCAUGUUAACCAAGUUCAGCAAGUUUGUGUUAGGCCAAUUUCAGAUAUUUUGAAGAGGAUAAGGAGAAGAAAGUCAGAGAGAAUACUGAAGCUGAAAUUAGGCAAAACAAUUGGUGGUGUUGAUGAUCUAGGAAAUUCUAAGGGAAAAGCUCUUGUAAUUGAUUAG